UAGGUUUUAGUUGAAAAAUAGGGCUCUUCUAUUUUUGUUGGAGGGUUAGAUUACUAACUUCUGUUUUCUUGUUAUGCUGGAGUCAAAAAUUUUGUGGAACUGUUCCCAAGUUGUUUUGAUUUGUCAUCCAUCCUAUUAGAAUAUUUUUAUAACAACAUUAUCUCACUAAUGAAACUCUUUUGUAUGGUCUGCUUGAUUUUGUUCACAUUCAUGAUCGUAAUUCCAUCCUAUUAGACUAUUUCUUUAGGUUGCACUUUCCAGUUGAUGCAUUUUGGUCAUUCCCCUAUUGCCUUCCCCCUUUGCCUUCCUCAUAACAGUGAAUUAGCCAAUGCCCUUUUCUGCAGUGUUGAACUUGAAUGUCAUGAUGAUAUCUUCAUGUGUAAUUUGCUUUUCUGUUGCAUAAUUACUAUAUGUUUAUCAUGUUAGUCAUAAAUAUAAAUUUUUAAACAAUUGCUGUUCUGUUACACAAUUAUAAUAUGUUUAUCACAUCUGUCAUGCAUACAUGUUUUUAAAAUGAUUAUAUGACCAUAACCAUAGUUUUACAGGUGCCAUUUUCAUCUUCAUUUGUCUUGAUUUCUUCAAUUUCCAUAUUGGUGAGAGAAUGUAGAUAAUGACAUUAGCUAAAUGCUUCUUUGUAGAGAUGGCCUUAUAAUUUUUUUUUCCUCCUUUUGGGGAUACACUUCUUUAACUGGAAUAUAAGUUGUUAACAGUUUCUAAACUAUUGCUAGUAGGUACUUUGGUAUUGCCAUCGAUACGAUUUGAUGAUGCUGUUUCCAUUUAAGAUUAUUUUAUAUAUAAGGACUGUGUUGCAAGGGUUCGGCGUCUUUACUCAUAAUCAAGAAAAUUUGAUGCCAUUUUGGGAUUGUUCUUUUAUUCCUUUAAUUUAUUAUGAACAUAUUAUUUUUUAGAAAAGAAAACAAAAGAAAAAGAAAGUUAUUCUUUCUUUUGAAGAGGGAAAAUUUUCUUUAUGCUAUUAUUUGCUUUAUGAAUGCCCUGGAUCCUGCCUUGUUUCUCUGCUGAAACUUUGGUCAGACAGUUAUGAUGAAGAUUUUCAUUUCAUUGUCUUCCAGGAGAAGUAAGGAAAAAAGGGAAGAAGCUGCAGAGCCAGAAGCUGAUCCUGAACGUGAUCAGAGAACAGUAUUCGCCUAUCAGAUAUGUUUGAAGGCAGAUGAGAGAGACGUCUAUGAAUUUUUCUCAAGGGCUGGCAAGGUGCGAGAUGUUCGUCUCAUAAUGGAUCGCAAUUCAAGGCGUUCAAAGGGAGUUGGGUAUAUUGAGUUCUAUGAUGCAAUGUCAGUCCCAAUGGCCAUAGCACUCUCUGGGCAGCCUCUUCUUGGUCAGCCAGUAAUGGUGAAACCUUCAGAAGCUGAAAAAAAUCUUGUUCAGUCAACUACAACUGUGAAUGCAGGAUCUGGUCCAUACUCUGGAGGGGCUAGAAGGUUGUAUGUUGGGAAUCUGCACUUUAACAUAACAGAAGAUCAGCUUCGUCAGGUUUUUGAGCCAUUUGGUGCUGUGGAGUUGGUUCAAUUGCCUCUUGAUGAAACUGGACACUGCAAAGGCUUCGGGUUUGUUCAGUUUGCCCGUCUUGAAGAUGCUAGGAAUGCCUUGAAUUUGAAUGGACAAGUAGAGAUUGCUGGUCGGCCAAUCAAGGUGUCGACUGUUACUGAUCAAACAGGAAUGCAAGAUGGUGGAACAAAUGCUGGUGAUUUUGAUGAUGAUGAAGGUGGUGGCUUGGCAUUAAAUGCUCGUUCUCGAGCUCUUCUGAUGCAGAAGUUGGAUCGUAGUGGCACUGCCUCAAGCAUUGCUGGUUCACUGGGAACCCCUGUUGCCACUACUGGCCUUACUGUACCAGCGGCACCAAUCCUUGGUGCUGCACCUUUGGUAUCUCCUGUUGUUGCUCCUCUUAUGUCAGGUUCUGUUCCUGGUCUACCUGGACUCGCAGGUGCAGGUGUUCAACUUCCGGCUACUGCAAUUCCUACUGUGGAUACAAUUGGCAUCCCAAGUGAAUGUUUAUUGUUGAAGAAUAUGUUUGAUCCAAAUGUAGAGACGGAACCAGACUUUGAUUUGGAUAUUAAAGAAGAUGUUCAAGAUGAGUGCUCUAAAUUUGGAAAUUUGAAGCAUAUCUACGUGGACAAAAAUAGCUCAGGGUUUGUGUAUUUGCGAUUUGAGAUUACACAAUCUGCUAUAAAUGCACAACGUGCACUUCACGGAAGAUGGUUUGCAGGCAAGAUGAUCACUGCAACAUUCAUGGUGCCCCAGACGUACGAGGCUAAAUUCCCGGAUAGCAGAUAGGGGUAAGACUUUGCAUGUCCAAAAAAUCUUGUCUAUGUUAAUUCUGGCAUCAUUGUAUUGCAAGGAUGUGAUGUUUACAUUGGAUGAAGUAGGAUUGCCAUUUUGAUACAAAGUAGAAGUAGUCAGCUUAUGUUGUGUUCUCAUUUGUAAUUUUGUUUACUGAAGUGGGAUGUGUCGGAACAUAAAUUGUGAAAUUGUGAUCGACUUUUCAUGUGGAUUAUUUAGGAGCUA